AUGGAUCCUUUUUCCCUAAUAGCUUCCCAUAGCAGUGAAACAAUAGACAUAAGGUGUUCUGAGGUUCCUAAACCGGUGGAAAGGCGCAAGUGGACAACCAAGGAAGACGUGGUGCUGAUCAGUGCUUGGUUGAACACUAGCAAGGAUCCCAUUGUGAGUACUGACCAGAAGGCAGAGGCGUUUUGGAAGAGAAUUGAAGAGUACUUCAAUGCUAGCCCUCAACUCGUUGGCUCCGUUUCCAGGGAUGAUAGGCAGCAUCGAUUGUAUGCAUUGGGAGUGGAAAAACUGCCCAAGGGCUUGGAGAGGGCAGUACGCACGUGGUUCAGGAAAGCCGACAAUUGUCUUAGAGUUUUCAAAGACAUUGAAGAAGGCCGAGCACCGAAAGUUAAUUUCAAGGUCAACAACCAUACUUAUCGUAUGGCGUACUAUCUAACUGACGGAAUAUAUCCGAAUUGGGCAGCAUUUAUCCAAUCCAUCUCACUUCCUCAAAGUCCUAAAGCAUCACUAUUUGCUGAACAUCAAGAAUCCACCAGAAAAGAUGUUGAACGUGCUUUUGGAGUAUUGCAAUCGAGGUUUGCAAUAGUUAGAAACCCAGCUCUACUAUGGGACAAGAAAAAGAUAGGAAAGAUUAUGAGAACUUGUGUCAUAUUGCACAAUAUGAUAGUAGAGAACGAACGAAGCGGAUACGGUCAAAUUGAUACUUCUGAGUUCGAGACAGGAGAGUCAAGCAGAAGUUCCCAGGUGCAAGGCACAACAAGUUUUAAUAUCGGUAAUAUCAGCCGUGUCAUUCGCAAUGAGGUUCGCGAUUCACAGAUACAUGCUCGUUUAAAAGCUGAUUUAGUUGAAAAUAUAUGGCAAAAAUUUGGUAAUGUUGAUGAAUAA